CAGCGUUAAGCUUUCCAUCGUCGUACCGAGUGAAGCAGGAAAGCGGACUAGCUGGCCGUUGAUUAGCCCCCUUAGCCAAUGGUUGGAGCAGAAUCCGAAAACGGAUGAGACUUCAGGAUCCCAAGUCGGCUAACGAAGCAGAAAUUCCGAGCACCCGCUGAACGCAACGGCAUUCUUACCGGGUGCCGACUCUUCAGAAAGUCCUACAUCAUCUCCUUACAAGAAAACGUACAACACCUAAAAAGCAACAAUGAAUGUGUCUCAUGAAAUAAAUUUGCUUGUGGAGGAAAUUCAGCGACUUGGCUGCAAAAACGACAAAGGUCAGACCAGUGUGAAGUUUGGCGUCUUAUUUAGCGACGACCGCUGCGCCAACAUCUUCGAGGCGUUGGUGGGGACGCUGAAGGCGGCCAAGAAGCAGAAGAUCAUCGACUUCCAGGGCGAGCUGCUCCUUCAGGGCGUCCAUGACAACGUGGACGUCGUCCUGCUGAAGGAAUGAAGCCAAAUUUUGAAUUUAACGACCCUUUAAUGAGCCGAGGGUCCGAUUGAAACCUCUGAGAAAGCUGCGUCCCUGCGGCACAUCUGUCCAAGUUUAUCUCUUUCUUUUCCAUUUGCAGGUCCGUUAAACUAAAAUUCAAUCACAUUUUGCUGGCAUUUCUGUAUUAUUUCACUUCAGUGUGCCAAAUUGUUUAAGCUCUACAGCAGCUCUGGAGUGUUUUCGGUUCUUCGGUCAAAUAUUUCUAUAUUUCUUUUGUUGCACAUUUUAUCCCUUCAGCUAUAAAGUUUCUAAAAUCUCAAAAGAUGCAUGUUUCAAUUUGGAAAAUUAACUUUCUGCUCUCAGACUCCUACACUGUCUUGAUUGUUACGAUCUGAUCCUGCUGAGUACAGAAACAUCUUUUACUAUAAUUCAGGAAUACAUCCUACAGAUUUAACAUUAAAAAUGCACAAACCAAGAAUGUAAUAUAUCUUUUUUUUUUUAGGUUACGUCAUCUUUUGCUGCCUUUUUUUGGAUAAAGUUUGUAAAUCCCAACCAGAUGCCUUUCUUGAGCAUUUCAAUGCUAAGAAAACUUGUUUAUAGUUCUGACUUCUUGUUCUCUAAAGGCAGCUGUUUUCCCGUCAGAUCGGAAAAAUCCUGUGCGUCAUCUGUUGUAUAAAUCCCAGCGUUGCUUCAACCAAACGGCGGUUCUGCUUACUGUUUACAUGCGCCGCUUCUCCUACCUCCUGUGGACUUUCAAACACGGCGUUCAAAGCACAGCGACUUUUUAUACCAACUUUGACCACAAUGAAAGUUAAGAGUGCAUUUCAGUACUGCUCUUCUGACUCAUUACAACAAAAACAGCUUUUUAAAAAUGUCACGAAUGAAUUUUCUCCAAAAAAAAAAGAAAAAAAACUUUUUAGAAAAACUGCUUCUUUUUUUUGCGGGAACUUGUAAUGAACAAAUGGAGAAUGUAUUUCUUGUGAAGCCUUAAGUGGUGUAAAAUGUACUUAUAAUGAUUCUCAGGACCAAAAAUGUGCUUGAUAACUGUCCCAUGGCUUUAUUUAGUGUUAUAAAUUGAGAUUUAUGAUAUUCAUCUUGUGCUGUUGGUCCAAUGAAACCUUUGGAUCAGGUGUGACUACUUUCUUAAAUCCUUGCUCAAGAAAUUUUUUGGAAAUAAAUCCUUAAAUAAAAUUUGAUUGCAUCUUA